CUAUUAGUGAACACUAUGUGAAAGAUGGUCGGAAUCGGUAUCAUAGCUUAUGUUUUAUGUGCUCUUUUCGAAGUUUUAUCGGCUAGAGACGCAAAUAAAAUUUACCACGUUUCUCUAAAUGAGGACAACUCCAUCUCAUUACAUUGGACCCUGGACUAUUGUUCGGACACUAUAAUCUUUGAAAUUCACCUACCUUCUGAUUAUGGAUGGUUCGCAGUUGGUUUCUCGGACCGAGGGAAAUUAUUUCCUGCAGACUACUGUCUUCUGUGGGAAAAUCAGAAGGGGGAGCUAUCGUUAAGGGACACAUACGCAAAUGAUCAGGGAGUGAUUUACCUUGAUAAGCAACAGGACUGCUAUGGAUUUAAAGAUAAAAAAGGAAAUGGCGUCAUUAAGUUCACUUACAGACGAAAGUUUGAUACUUGCGACAGAAAAGACUAUAUCAUUGAGGAUGGAACCACCCAUAUAGUUUGGUCAAGAGGAAAACACAAAUUAUACCAAGUAAACGGCUUAAAUAUAAGCUCAACCCCCAAAGAUAGCGGAAUGGUUCGAAUUCACCUACUGAAAAAUAUUAACGCGGUGUCUGAUUUGCCGUCGCAUGUGAAAACUUUGGAUAUCCUAGCUGAUAAGGUCAAAGUACCUUCCGACGAAACCACUUAUUGGUGUCAUGUUUUCAAACUGCCUGAAGAAUACAGCGCGAAGCAUCAUAUUUAUCAGUACGAAUCUAAUAUUCAAGAGAGCAAUCAAGGGCUAGUCCAUCACAUGGAAGUUUUCCACUGUGAAACAGCUGCUAAUGAGGAAAUUCCGCUCUACAUAGGCAACUGUUUCGCUAAGGAAAGACCACCAAAGACUCAAGUAUGCAAAAGGGUUUUGGCAGCUUGGGCCAUGGGAGCUCCACCUUUCACAUACCCUGAGGAGGCUGCUUUACCCAUUGGAGGCGAAAACUUUAAUCCCUACAUUAUGCUAGAGAUUCAUUAUAAUAAUCCGGAACACAGAGCAGAUUUCGUCGACAGUUCAGGUGUAAGAUUCCACGUUUCGACGAAACUGAAGAAGGUGGACGCUGGCGUUAUUGAAUUGGGACUGGAAUAUACUGAUAAAAUGAUAAUCCCACCCGGUCAAGAAUCGUUUCCGCUUACCGGUUACUGCACCAGUGCUUGCACCUCAAUGGGUCUACCAACUGAAGGAAUAACGAUUUUUGGAUCACAACUUCAUACUCACUUAACCGGAAUUCGUGUCUAUACGAGACAUUUUGACGCUUAUGGAAAAGAGUUGCCUGAAUUGAAUAGAGACAACCAUUACAGUACACAUUUCCAGGAAAUCAGGAGACUCAAGAAACCUGUCAAAGUUUUACCUGGACAUGUUUUGAUAACGAGAUGUGACUACAACACAGAAGAAAGGGAAAACGUCACAUUGGGAGGAUUUGAAAUAACCGACGAAAUGUGCGUUAAUUACAUCCAUUAUUAUCCACAUACAGAUUUGGAAGUAUGUAAGAGCUCUAUCAGUGACCAGGCUUUGGAGACUUAUUUUCGAUACAUGAACGAAUGGGAGGGGCAGCCAACUUCUACCAAUCAAGGAGUAUCCCAGAAUUACAAGUCUAUAAAAUGGAACAAAAUGCGGGUCCAACUUUUGAACGAGGUGUACAAUGAAGCUCCUUUAAGUAUGCAGUGUAACAUGUCCAGUGGAGACAGAUUCCCUGGUUACUGGGAAAACGCUCACAUACCUCCCGUUAUAACUCCUUUACCGCCCCCUUUCAGGAAAUGCGAAAAUAUAAUAUAGAAAAUGUAAG